AUGUUCCAUGGAUUGCCAAGUGAAGACCCCAUUGACCACCUUGAUGAGUUUGAUAGGCUUUGUGAUUUGACAAAGAUCAAUGGUGUCUCUGAAGAUGCCAUCAAGCUGAGACUCUUUCCUAUGUCUCUAGCUGACAAAGCUCACCAAUGGGAGAAGAGCUUGCCCCAUGGCACAAUCACCACUUGGGAUGAAUGCAAGAAGGCCUUUCUUGCUAAGUUUUUCUCCACCGGUCGCACAGCCAAGCUUAGAGGAGAGAUAUCCAGCUUCAUCCAGCGAAACAAUGAGACAUUCGCAGAGGCUUGGGAGAGGUUCAAAGGCUACACAAGUCAGUGCCCACACCAUGGAUUCAACAAUGAAUCACUACUCUCCACUCUUUAUAGAGGAUGCUUGCCUAGGUAUAGGGAGAUGCUAGACACAGCUAGCAAUGGGAACUUCCUCAACCAGGAUGUAGAUGAUGGCUGGCAACUUGUGGAGAACAUGGCCAUAUCAAAGGAAUGCUAUGGAGAGCAGUAUGAUAGCAGAUGGAGCUCGACCGCCACUCGAUCGAGCUGGAGCUCAGAUGAGAAAAGACAUGCUUGCACUCAACUUCGAAUCAAGGACCAGGAAGGGGAGGAGACAACACAAGAAGUUUGCUACAUUCAAAAUAGACAAGGAAGCUAUAGGAAUCCUCAACAAGGGCGAUACAACAACUAUCAAGCCCCCUGGCCGCACCUACAACAAAGUGUUCCACAAGGCUUCAACACAAGGACUACUCAUACCCAACCAACUCAAGAUUGGGAUAUGAAGGAAAUGCUCCAACAACUUUUACAAGGGCAAGCCAAAGUGGGCAAUUCCAGUAGAGGUAGCCCACCCCAAAUCGCUGUGGACAUCGAUGACGAGGAAGGGGAGGAUUUAGUCGAGUAUGCUGAUAACUCGACCCGAACUCGAUCGAGCUGGAACAAAACCCUGAACCAGAACUCGAUCGAGCUGAAGAAACCGAGACACUGCAAGACAAACCAGAGCUCGAUCGAGCCAGAAGAGACAGACAAAGCAAGCUCCAGCCAACCAGCUAAACCUGUUGCAAAGAAGAAAGACACUCCAGCAGGACCACCACCAUACAAACCCCCUCUGCCCUUUCCAGGAAGGUUCAAGAAACAACUGUUGGAAGCACACAAGGCCAAGUUUGAUGAACUAAUGAGACAGCUUGAGUUGAAGUUGCCCUUCAUCGACGCCUUGAUGCUCAUUCCACCUUAUCAGAAAUUUCUGAAGGAUGCUGUUCAGCAAAGAACCAGGGAAGCACAAGGGAUGGUAGUGUUGACUCGUGAGUGCAGUGCAAUCAUUCAGCGGAAGGUCAUCUCCGACAAAAAGGAAGAUCCGGGGAGUUUCACUUUGCCCUGCAUGUUGGGACCCCUAUCUUUCAAAAACAGCCUCUGCGAUCUAGGAUCAUCUGUCAGCCUCAUGCCUUUGUCUGUAGCAAAGAGACUGGGAUAUCACAAGUACCAAGCCUGCGGAAUCUCACUAGUCUUGGCAGAUAGAUCGAUAAGGUUACCAACUGGGAUGCUUGAAGACCUGCCUUUGAGGAUAGGGAAUGUAGAAAUCCCCACCGACUUCAUUGUGCUUGAGAUGGAUGAGGAACCAACAGAUCCAUUGAUCUAG